GAGUCAUUUUACCUGAAUUGUCUUAUACUGAAGAUUGAGAACGAGAGAAAACUUCGACUGGAAGGGCUCCUAUGUCAAAAAUAUGGAACAGAAAACAUUUUGUUUGAAGUUGUAAGCCACAAAGUAAUUUUCGAACAUGCUUUUCUAUAAGUUAACAUUUUCCCUAUUGAUGGUUUUUCUUUUGGUCGUACGAGGAAUACAGCGUUUUGAAUCAAGAGAAAAAGGCAUUUACAGCCUGUCUGAAGGUACGGUGCUGAUAGGACACGUCAUUCAUCAGAGUUUAGUGACCUCGCCUCUGGAUUGCAGUUACUUCUGUACAACUAAUUCCCAGUGCUUAUCGCACAACUUCAAACGAGGGGGACCUGGUGGUAAGGGCUUGUGUGAGUUGAACGAUGCUUCGAGGAAGACAAACCCAGAGUCUUAUUUCGCUGAUCCAUAUUACGACCAUUAUUACGAUGUGGAAACAGAGACUUCAAGAUCGUGUGUGGAUUAUCUUCGAAACGGAGCAACAGAAAAUGGUAUCUACACUAUCACAGACGACAGUGGGGAUUCCUAUCCAGUCUGGUGUGACCUCACCUCUGAACCGCGUUCUGCAUGGACUCUAAUCUUGUCAUUCGCACUAAAAUACGGAUACAGUAAUCAGUUUUGUAUAAGGUCAUUCGCGGAAAGCUCACCAAUCAACGUGCCGCCAAACUGGGCAGCUUAUAGGCUUUCUUUAAGCCGCAUGCAGAGCCUUGCUAGCCAAUCAUCACACUGGAGAGCAACAACUAAUUCCCGUAUUUUUGGGGUUGAUUACACUGACUAUGUACGCGGAAAUUUCUCUUCUUUUGAUAUCAUGAACUACGAUAAUUUAACAUGUAAAGACGUCGAGUACAUCAAUAUUCGAGGGACAGAAGAAUCGUACACCCAAGCGGAAUUUUGGCAGAAAAAAAAUGUAUUUUUUCUCCAUGUUGAUAGUUGUUCCACUCGUUGUGCUUUCAAGGCAAUAAACUGUACGUUGGCUGAGACAGGUUUUGGCUCUUACUGUAUAGGUAACGCUGCUAAUCCCAAAUUUAGAGGAGCGAUGGAUGAGGACAGUACGACGGAAUGGUGGUUUGGGGGAUAUGUGUGACUGUAUUCUAACUUAUACAUCAGUGUCACGUGAUAAUCCGCCAUGUUGGAUUUAUAUAAUAUGCAUUAGUGUCACGUGAUUAUCCGCCAUAUUCGAUUUAUAUAAUAUGCAUUAGUGUCACGUGAUUAUCCGCAAUAAUGGAUUUAUAUAAUAUGCACUAGUGUCACGUGAUUAUCCGCCAUAUUGGAUCUCUUUAAUAUGCAUUAGUGUCACGUGAUUAUCUGCCAUGUUUGAUUUAUAUAAUAUGGAUUACAGUCACGUGUUUAUCCGCUAUGUUGGAUUUAUGUACAUGUUGCAUUUAUCAGUCACGUGAUCAUCCGUGAUGUUGAAUUUAUUUAUAUAUAUCAAAACCAGGUGAUUACCAUGGCAAACGGAAAUGGAGAGCGCGUUAGGAGUAAAUAUUAUCACUUAUUAAUUGUAUAUCGUAAGAACAUCUAAAGUAAUUUUCCUAGUUAGCUUACCAUUUUUUACGUGUCUACUAUCUGCUGUAUGUACGUAUGAGGAGUAAUGAUUUAAUAUACAAAACAC